AUGAAAAUGAUUUUAAAAUCAGCUUACAGAAAUUUACCAAGCUUGUUCAGAAAUAGUAAUUUUGUACUAUUACAACAAGCAAAAUACCACGCAAAGAGUAAAUAUGAAGGGAAAGGAUUUAGAAAAUUACUCGGACCAUUUUGGCCAAUGACAACACCUGCAUUCCUACAGUCAUAUGCAAUUAUCACAGGCUUCUUUUUACUAUUGUACUAUCCCCUGGAUUCGUGUUUUUUUAAUGUAAGGAAACUGAAGGCUGAAAUGGACGCGAAGGUUAGGGGUUGA